AUGGAUGCUGAUGUGCAGGAAAUAAUAGAAGUCAUUGAUUUAUGUACACCCAAUAUCGAUAUCAAUGACAUAUCGAUUGAGUUAGUUGUCUUACAAAAAGCAUCAACAUCAGAUACGACGAAAGAACGAUUUCCAAAUCUUCAUCGUCGACUGUCAAUUUUACCAUGCUUUCCAACAAAUAAUAAUAAACAAAAUUAUGGUGAUCCAUUAUUACCAAAUAUACCACCUCGUCAGUUAACUCAAGAAGAACUCGCUCGUCGACAUUCUGGUGCUUUUAAACCAGCAUUCAAUAUUAUCAAUUAUGAUUCGACCAUACCAUCAUUCUUACGUGAAAAAUAUCAUAUGUACUUUAGUGUUUUAUUUGAACGUUUGAAAGUUGAUAUAUCGAUUUUGGAUUAUAACUAUACAUGUUUAAAUAAAUAUAUAAGAAUGUUGGCUUAUGAACAGAUGCGUGUCUUCAAUCUUCGACCACAUGAACUUCAACACAUUGAUGAAAAAGAAUAUCCUAUUGCAUUAGAAUUCUUUUUACAAUUUGAUGGUAUGCUUUUGUUGAUAUUAUCUUAG